AUGGCUUCCGCUUCGACGGCUGCCCCUGCAGCUCCUAACUCGCUCUCUCUUCCCCCUUCCCAAUUUGCGCGCCUCCAACCCCACGCAUACCUUCUCGCCCACCUCUCCCCUCCAUCAUCCAGCAACCAGCCCUCAAUCCGUGCCAAUGGCCGCGCCCCCUCUCAAUUCCGAGUCACAUCCGCCAAUGCGGGCUCUCUGACCCAUACUAAUGGUAGUGCCGUGGUUCGUCUCGGUGACACAACUGCCGUAUGUGGUGUCCGGGCCGAAAUUCUUCACACCGACGACAUCGCCUCGUGGAGUGUAUCGCAGUCGACAAACGCGAACAAGCGCCGACGCAUCGGCGAGACCGAGAAGGAAUCCGAAACCGCGGAUGAAGAAGAUCGCGCACACAUCGAGGAUUUGAACCUGCUCGUCCCGAACAUCUCAUUGAGCACGGGCUGCGCACCAGGCUUCAUUCCCAGCGCACCACCCUCCGCUCUUGCCCAAUCGCUCUCUCAUCAAAUCCUCUCUCUUUUGCACACUACCCGUCUCGUCCAAGCCGAAGACCUGCGCAUCUGGUACCAACCGCCGAACCUGGGACCCGAGGAAGCGCAGCAACACAACGACGAAGAACAAAUGGACCUAGACGCAGGAGCCAACGAGGAAGAAACCAAACCCGCCGAGAUCAAGGCAUUCUGGGUUCUGUACAUCGACAUCAUGCUGAUUUCUCUCGCUGGGAACCCGUUCGACGCCGCUUGGGCUUCUGUCCUAGCCGCUCUACGCGAUACAAAGCUACCCAAAGCCUGGUGGGACGUUGACAAUGAGAGUAUCCUUUGCUCAGACGAUGUGAACGAAUCGCAGAAGCUCUCGUUGCGUGGCCUUCCUAUCUCCAGCUCAUUCUGCGUGUUCGAGGCUGAUGCUGCGGCGGGCUGGCGGGCUGUUGUCAUUCCUGAUGCCGAGGAGCAAAAGGCUCAAGAUAGCAAGCACGGUUCACAAAAAUGGAUUCUUGCGGAUCCGGAUGGAUACGAGGAAGGUCUGGUGCAGGAGCGGGUUCAUUUUGUUGUUGACAAGGAGGAGGGUAAGACGGUUAUUGUGAAGAUGGAGAAGCAUGGCGGGUGGACGGUUGAUAGUGAGGAUUUGAGGCAAUUAGUGGAUAUCUCGGCCCAGAGGUGGGAUGAGAUGAAGUUGAUACUGGAUCAAUGUUAA